CGUUUACCGGUGUCUUUCGUUGUUUAGCAAUGUCAGGUCGUGGGAAACAGGGCGGGAAGGCUCGCGCCAAGGCUAAGUCCCGCUCGUCCCGGGCCGGUCUGCAGUUCCCGGUGGGGCGCGUGCACCGUCUGCUCCGCAAGGGCAACUAUGCUGAGCGGGUCGGGGCCGGCGCGCCCGUUUACCUGGCUGCCGUGCUUGAGUAUCUGACAGCUGAAAUCCUGGAACUGGCGGGCAACGCGGCCCGCGACAACAAGAAGACCCGCAUCAUCCCCCGCCACUUGCAGCUGGCCAUCCGCAACGACGAGGAGCUCAACAAGUUGCUGGGCAAAGUGACCAUCGCCCAGGGCGGCGUCCUGCCCAACAUCCAGGCCGUGCUGCUGCCCAAGAAGACUGAGAGUCAUAAAGCUAAGGGCAAGUAAAUUUAUUCUGCUCGUCAACAAGUGCCCGGAUAACAACCACCAAAGACCCACAAAGGCUCUUUUCAGAGCCACCCACAACCGUCAAAGGAGGGCUUGUUUCGCUCUGUUCUCUGCAAAGAGGUCUUGUUAUUACCACCUCCACAAAAUUAAACGAUUUCA